GACUACAGUAAGUAAAAGCGUUUUCCAUUAGUAAUCGAUGAUGUCACAUGACUUGCUAACAAGGCGAAUUAUAGUGCUAGUUUCGGAAAUCAAUAUAUCUUUUCUUGGCCAGUCAUCCAGUCAUUGUGUUCCUGUAUUGGGGGUAGUACUUAACCUUUGGGAGACGCUGAAAGUCGCGCUGUUACCGUCCACAGUAUACUAUAUCCGUGCAGUCCGUGUCCGAUCAGUGCUCACCUGCUAAUUUACGAGCUCAGGUUGUCUUCAUGACUCUCACUACCGACAACGACUGGUCUCUCCUCGCUGAAAUUUCGAGGCAGCAGUCCCUCACUACCCUUUCUCUCGCCAAAUAUGACUCUCCUUCAAAGGGAUUCCGGCUCGGAAUCGAUGUCCAGCCAUGGUUCCACCAUACCAAUAGUUCCAAGAUGGGAGAGAAUCCUCGAUUACGCCUCCUUUUCUUUCGGUGCAAGCAUCUUUUGGGAUAUCCCAUCCUUCCUCUGUUCAUGUUUGACCAGAAUCCACAAAGGCAUACAAGUAACCAUCCACUGACAGAGGAACUAACCGAAGGAUUCAUCCAUAUUAUCAAGGCAUUUGGUUUCCAGUGGAGGUAUGCCCCCGGAGAUCCUCUCGCUGAAUUGGCAUAUCUGAACCGCGAAGGAUUCAUUGACGCGGUGCUGACAGACGAUGUGGCCGUCUGGGUGUUUGGUGCACUGACUGUCUGGAGAAACCCUUCUUCAUCCCAUCCAAAUGCCAAGCAUCCUGAGAAGCAGACCACCUACAAGAUCUACGACGGUGUCACACAGAAACACCGUUCUGCAAUGCUCAUCGUUCUGCUCUGCACUCGGAGUCAGCCACGUUGGUGCAACACAAGUACCUCGUUACGCCUGGCUAAAAGCAAGUGCGCUGUUGAGCUCUACGAAGCAGUCACCACUCGCCCUCAUGACUCGGAAGAACUGCAGAACUUCUUGACCAGAUGGCGUGGCCAACUUUGUGGAUAUUUACAAGUCCACAAAUCCCUCCUGUCCCACUAUGUUCCGGACAAUUUUCCAGAAUUGCCCCACCUUGCGUCCUACAUCUAUCCGGACGUCUCACCUUCACUCGAAAUUUAUUCUCACAACAUGUGGACUAGUAAACGUUUUGAGCCAUCACUCCCCAAGCUCGCGCGUAUUUGCGAAAUCCUCUUCGAAUGGGGCUGGAAGGAUAGAAUUCUGGCCAGGUUUCACAGUAAUAUCUGGGGGCCUGUUGCUGUGCGGAUUCUGCGACGGCAACAUCUUUGUCCUUCGCUUUUAGAUGCAGAGGUAUUCAGGCCCUUUGGAGGGGAUGGUGGCGAAGCUGGAAAAGUGAUAGAUAAGAUUGUCAAUUCUCGAAGACAUCAUUCAACUGGUGAGACACCAGAGUAUCGCGUCAUGGUUGAUACGCAGAUGUUGAUAUUAUGGACGGAGGCUGGGUUGAAAGGGACGAGAAAACCUUUGGAGGUGGACACCAUAGACUUAAAGGGUAAAGGGAAAGAGGUUGUCUUCGAUGAGAACUCAGAUGAAGGAAGUGAUGACGAAGAAGAAAACGGUGACAAGGAGGGUCCUGACGAUGAGCGGCAAGGCACAGAGCCUACUCGGGAUGUGGAUGCCGACGAGGAAUUGGACAGCUCGGACACCGAAGGGGAUACACCUGUCGCAUCGCAAUCCCAACAAAAGCAGCUUACUUCAACGAAAGCAAACGGAAAGAAGAAGAGGGAGAAAAAACCUGUGGAUCCACGAAAACCCUUGCACAUCUGGAUACCGGCAAAAGUGGUAGAAGGGGUAAAGGUGAAGUUGAUCAAGGACUAUACAAAGGCGUGUGAAGAGAAACAAAAGGCACGAGAGAAGAAGAAUUCAAAGCGACAACGUGAGAAAGACGAUAAGGAUCCUCGUUCUCCGAAGAAGACUAAGCGCUCAACCACAAUCCCGACCUCACGUAGGGAAAGAGUAGUCCCAGUGAAAAAAAUAACGGAAGCGCAAGCGAAAGCGGAGGGGCUGUCAUCUCUCUUUGCAUUUGGCUUUACCAAGGAAUCACGAGUUGCCGAUCACAGUGCUGAUGGUCUGAGGUCAUCUGUCACCUCUUCUACACCCUUACAAGAGGAGAGAACGGCGACCACUAGUUCGACUGGCAAUGCUUUGUAGAAGAGGCGUUGGGUUUGUACACUUUUUCAUAUAUUCAUUGUAUUUGUAAUGUAUUUCUUUAGAUGUUUAUGAUUGGUUUUCUGGGCACUCAUGUUGUAUUGGCGUACAUGCCCGUUAUCUAGAUGAAGCAGUGCAUCCGGUGCUUCAUGAAAUGGCCGGUGCUGUAAUUGAUUUAGCCUUAUAGGAUUUUG